AUUCACAAAACUAAGCUGCACUUCCAACAUUCACAAUCCUUUCUUCUUUUUUAUUCGAUCACUCACUUUUCUACCAUGGCAGAAGCAUUGGUUGGUGGUGCUCUUCUUUCUGCUUUCCUUCAGGUUGCAUUUGACAGGUUGGCUUCACGCCAAGUGGUGGACUUCUUUCGCGGAAGAAAGCUCAAUGAAAAGCUGCUGAAGAAGCUGAAGGUGAAGCUUCUGUCCAUAAAUGCUGUGGUUGAUGAUGCAGAACAAAAGCAGUUUGAGAAUUCAUAUGUGAAAGCAUGGCUUGAUGAGGUCAAAGAUGCUGUGUUUGAUGCAGAGGAUCUGUUGGAUGAAAUAGACUUAGAAUUCUCCAAAUGCGAGUUGGAAGCCGAAUCCCGGGCCGGUACUAGAAAGGUACGAAAUUUUGACAUGGAAAUUGAAUCAAGGAUGAAACAAGUCCUUGAUGACUUGGAAUUUCUUGUAAGUCAGAAGGGUGAUUUAGGUUUGAAAGAGGGCAGUGGUGUUGGUGUGGGAUUGGGUAGUAAAGUGUCACAGAAAUUGCCAUCAACAUCUUUGGUGGUUGAAAGUGAUAUUUAUGGCAGAGAUGAGGACAAAGAAAUGAUCUUUAAUUGGCUCACAUCUGACAAUGAAUAUCAUAACCAGCUAUCAAUACUUUCUGUUGUGGGCAUGGGCGGGGUGGGUAAGACUACGCUUGCCCAACAUGUAUACAAUGACCCUAGGAUAGAGGGUAAAUUUGAUAUCAAAGCUUGGGUUUGUGUUUCGGAUGAUUUUGAUGUUUUGACAGUAACAAGAGCAAUUCUUGAGGCGGUCAUUGACUCAACUGAUAAUAGUAGAGGCCUAGAAAUGGUUCAUCGACGGUUGAAAGAAAAUUUGAUAGGCAAGAGAUUUCUUCUCGUUUUGGAUGACGUUUGGAAUGAAAAACGAGAAAAGUGGGAAGCUGUGCAAACUCCUCUUACUUACGGGGCCAGGGGAAGUAGAAUUCUUGUCACGACGCGCACUACGAAAGUUGCUUCUACCGUGCGAUCAAAUAAAGAACUUCACUUGGAGCAAUUGCAAGAAGAUCAUUGCUGGAAAGUUUUUGCUAAGCAUGCAUUCCAAGAUGAUAAUCCUCGGUUGAAUGUUGAGUUGAAGGAGAUUGGUAUAAUGAUAGUUGAAAAGUGUAAAGGAUUGCCGCUUGCCUUGAAAACAAUUGGAAGUCUUUUAUACACAAAGGUAUCUGCCUCAGAAUGGAAAAAUGUAUUUCUAAGCAAGAUAUGGGACUUACCCAAAGAAGAUAAUGAAAUUAUCCCUGCUUUAUUAUUGAGCUAUCACCACCUUCCUUCUCAUCUAAAGAGAUGCUUUGCUUAUUGUGCCUUGUUCUCCAAAGAUCAUGAGUUUGACAAGGACGAUUUAAUUAUGUUAUGGAUGGCUGAAAAUUUUCUACAAUUCCCUCAACAGAGUAAGCGUCCAGAAGAAGUUGGUGAACAGUACUUUAAUGAUCUAUUGUCGAGAUCCUUCUUUCAAGAAUCAAGGAGAUAUGGAAGGCGCUUUAUCAUGCAUGACCUUGUAAAUGAUUUGGCUAAAUAUGUUUGUGGGAACAUCUGUUUCAGGUUGGAAGUUGAAGAAGAAAAAAGAAUACCAAAUGCAACUCGUCAUUUUUCAUUUGUAAUCAAUCACAUUCAAUAUUUUGAUGGGUUUGGGAGUUUAUAUGAUGCUAAAAGGUUACGUACUUUUAUGCCAACAAGUGGGAGAGUGGUUUUUCUUAGUGAUUGGCAUUGUAAGAUAUCGAUACAUGAGUUGUUCUGCAAGUUUAGGUUUUUACGUGUGUUAUCUUUGUCUCAAUGUUCUGGCCUUACUGAGGUGCCCGAGUCUUUAGGCAAUCUUAAGCAUCUCCAUUCAUUAGACCUUUCUAGUACUGACAUAAAACACCUACCGGAUUCAACAUGUUUGCUCUAUAACUUGCAAACACUGAAGCUUAAUUAUUGUUACAAUUUGGAGGAGCUUCCUUUGAAUUUACAUAAACUCACCAAUUUGCGUUGCCUUGAAUUUGUGUUUACUAAAGUGAGAAAGGUACCAAUUCAUUUGGGAAAACUGAAAAAUCUUCAAGUAUUGAGUUCGUUUUAUGUUGGCAAAAGUAAGGAGUCCAGUAUACAGCAACUUGGAGAACUCAAUCUUCAUAGGAAGCUAUCGAUUGGGGAGCUGCAAAAUAUUGUGAAUCCAUCAGAUGCAUUAGCAGCAGAUUUUAAAAAUAAAACACAUCUUGUGGAGCUAGAGUUAAAUUGGAACUGGAAUCCGAACCAGAUCCCUGAUGAUCCAAGGAAAGACAGGGAAGUACUCGAGAAUCUACAACCUUCUAAACACUUGGAGAAGUUGUCAAUUAAGAACUAUGGGGGUACACAAUUUCCAAGUUGGUUUUUGAAUAAUUCAUUGUUGAAUGUAGUUUCCUUAAGAUUGGACUGCUGUAAAUAUUGCCUAUGUUUGCCUCCACUUGGACAUUUGCCAUUUCUCAAGUGUCUGUUGAUUAUAGGGCUUGAUGGGAUAGUGAAUAUUGAUGCUAAUUUUUAUGGGAGUAGCUCUUCUUCAUUUACAUCCUUGGAAACAUUGCACUUCUCCAACAUGAAGGAAUGGGAAGAAUGGGAAUGUAAAGCUGAGACAAGUGUCUUUCCAAACCUUCAACAUCUUUCUAUAGAGCAAUGUCCCAAGCUGAUAGGGCAUCUACCAGAACAACUUCUUCAUUUAAAAACACUAUUUAUUCAUGACUGCAACCAACUUGUGGGUUCUGCUCCUAAGGCUGUAGAAAUUUGUGUAUUAGAUCUACAAGACUGUGGAAAGCUGCAAUUUGAUUAUCAUUCGGCUACUUUGGAACAGCUUGUUAUUAAUGGUCACCACAUGGAAGCAUCAGCACUAGAAAGUAUUGAGCACAUCAUAUCUAAUACUUCUCUUGAUUCCUUGCGCAUUGAUUCUUGUCCGAAUAUGAAUAUUCCCAUGAGCAGUUGCCACAAUUUCCUUGGAACUUUGGAGAUUGAUAGUGGAUGUGACUCUAUAAUUAGUUUUCCUCUAGAUUUCUUCCCAAAUCUCCGUUCACUUAAUCUCAGGUGUUGUCGUAAUCUACAAAUGAUUUCACAGGAGCACACUCAUAAUCAUCUCAAGGAUCUGAAAAUUGUUGGGUGCCUUCAAUUUGAAUCAUUUCCCAGCAAAGGAUUAUCUGCACCAUUUCUAGAGAUCUUUUGUAUUGAAGGAUUGAAGAAUUUGAAAUUUUUGUCUGAAUGCAUGCAUAUCCUCCUUCCAUCUCUUUAUAGGCUAUCGAUACACGAUUGUCCACAAGUUGAGUUUAUCUUCAAUGCAGGUUUGCCAUCAAAUCUAAAUUACAUGCAUCUCUCAAAUUGCUCAAAACUCAUUGCUUCACUAAUAGGGGCUUUAGGAGCCAACACCUCUCUAGAAACCUUGCAUAUUGGAAAAGUGGAUGUGGAGUCUUUUCCUGAUGAGGGGUUGUUGCCACUCUCUCUUACUUCUCUAUGGAUCUAUAAGUGUCCAUAUCUUAAAAAAAUGAACUACAAGGAUGUUUGCCACCUCUCCUCUCUCAAGGAAUUGAUUCUUGAAGACUGUCCCAACCUCCAAUGCUUACCAGAGGAGGGUCUACCCAAAUUCAUUUCAACUCUUAUAAUUUUGGGCAAUUGUCCAUUGCUCAAACAGCGUUGCCAGAAACCAGAAGGUGAAGACUGGGGAAAGAUUGCUCACAUUAAAGAUGUGAAGGUUUGGUAAACCAAUAAGAUGAACCAAAAGUUUGAAAUUACACAUGCACCUAUUCUGAUACUACCUUCUCAUCAGGACACUGGAACAAUGAUGACGAGGAUGAAGUGCAAAAGUUCAUAUCCCGUAAAGAGUAUUUUGCCAUUGGGAGUUAUGGGGGGUUCAUCUUUUAUCUUCCUUUAGCUUGUUGGGUAAAUUUGUUUUCUUGCCCACAUUAUUCUCACUUUCUUCUUAGAUCACACUUCUUACAUUAUUUUGAGGAUUUAUUUUUCUCAUGGUAAGUUUUCUUGCCUAGAAUCUUUUUCUAUUGGUUAUGUUAUGGCAUUUUCUUUUAUUUUGGAGUCAAUUGAACUCAAUCUUAGACUGAAAAAGCAUUGAGAAAUCAUACUAUGUAUUAUGAACUUAGUCUUACCCUUUGCACGGUUUUCUAUAAUGUGGAUUGGGUUUCUUUUCCUGUCUCUUCUUAACUUUUCUUGCUUAAUGUUCUUGACAUAUAUGUCUUUUUGUUAAUAACAUAUUGUGCAAAUUCAUCCUUGUUUAAAUUUAUACUUUACUAAUUGUUCAUUUUUUUUCCAAAGAAGUGCAUAUUCGAUGAAAAUAUGGUGGUUUCAGUUACAUAUUGACUAAGGUAUCAUCAUCAUGAACCUCGUGAGAGUCUUGUUUGUGUUUGUCAUUUGUCAUCAUAAUUCAAAGUACAGAGAGAAGUAUGUAUAACUAUUCCUAUAAAUUAAUUGAUAAUUGUGUGGAUUAAAAUGUAUGGAUACCUUCCUAGCUGCAGUAACAGUCAAUUUUGUUUGUCACGUGAUGAUAAUUAUCACUGUGUUUCCAAACUAUCUCCUAGGAUUAUGAUACUGCAAUAUCUUGGCUUCACACUAUAUAACCUCCACAAUCCACAGGCCUUUGUUGGUGUCCUAAUGCAAGGUUUCACUGAAUAUCCAGAGAACAUGAGAAAAUUGGUUAAUCUGCAUCACCUUGAGCAAGAAGCACUGAUGUGAAGGGAUGUUCACAAAGUAGGCACACUGCAAAAUCUCCAAGCACAAAGUGGAGGAGUGAAGGUUGUUUUUACAAGGGGAAUUUUCCUUCAUAAAAGUACAAAAUUUUAAAAGCUUUCAAGGGAUCAAGGCAUUU